AUGGCGCCUACCACACGAUCCGGCAGCAAGCGCGCAAGCGGCGAAGCUGUAGACACCAAAGUCACCAAGAAAGCGAAGCAAUUCGUCAAGAAGGCUGCAAAGCCUGCGAAGAGUGCGGCGCCUGCGAGCGAAGCUCCGCAGUACUUCCGCUUCCUUGAUCUCUCUCCAGAACUGCGAAACAAAGUAUACGGAUACGCUACAGAAGAUGACUCCAGCCGCUUUGCUCCACGACCCUGUCAGCUCCCCCAUCAUUCUGCUCGCGCCUCGCCUACAGAGCGUCCCUGGAAGUUCUUCGCUCUAACUCACGUCUGUACACAAGUCCGCGCAGAGUAUCGUCCUCUUUGGGUUCGAGAUCUCCGGGUUGCAUUCUCGUCGACUUUCCAACUGACGGCCUUCCGCGACACCUUUCUACAAUUCGAGAACGAACCCAAGCACAUGCCGAAGCUCAUACAGUACCUAUGGGACCAUGGUCAGGAUGACGAGAUGAGAUUCCAUCUGACGCCCAUUCUUCGUCUGCAUGCACACUCUCCGUCAUCCCGAUUGGCGAUCGUUCCUGAGAAGGUUGCACUCGGAGUGGACGUGGAGAACGACAUCUGUCACAAAUGUCUGAUGCGACAUCGUCACAGCAGAGAAUUCAGCAUAUAUUCAGAUAGCGAGGACGAGGACGACUGCAGCUGUCCAGACUUUGAUAUGAGCCAGAGCGAGUGGGAAGAGUUCAAGCACGACCAGAUGGAGUAUACUUCCGACAUACCCGUGUUCGUCCACAACACGAACGAGGCUUGGAUCAAAGCUGUACAAGAGCAAAAGGUGACCGCCAGUAGCACGUUCUGCCGAUGGAGCCACCAUGCCGUCUUCAAAAUUCUCUACAAAGAUCCAGUCUGCGAGACGACGGCUGAUUCCCAACCUGCAUGGGACUUGAUGAAGCAAUGGGGCAUCCUCGACCUUCAAACCAAACGAGGAACAGACUUCAUAUUCGCGUACGAGGAUAGGAAGACCGCAGAAAAGGAUGGUUACAGCAUGGCACACUCCGUUACACGCCAAAUCGUAUUUCGCAAAACCCCUCCGAAGAUCUAA